UCCCCUGCCUGGCAGAGAGACUCAGAGAGGCCACCAUGGCAGGAGUCCUUCCGCUCUCACUGAUCCUACUGCUGUCUUUAGCCCUGGGAUCUGCUGCACCAGCCCAGCAGAACAUGAGCGGGGAGAAGAUUAUUGAUGGAAUCGUAUGUCCGAGAGGCUCCCAUCCCUGGCAGGUGGCCCUGCUCCACAACAACAAGACUUACUGCGGAGGUGUGCUGCUGAGUGAGCAGUGGGUCCUCACCGCUGCCCACUGCAAGCUGGCUGAAUACAACGUGCACAUGGGCAGUGACCGGCUGAAUGAUAAGAUGAGCCAGAAAAUCAAGGCCACAAAGUCAUUCCGCCACCCUGACUACUCCACAAACAGCCACGUUAAUGACAUCAUGCUGGUGAAACUAAGCAAACCGGCCAAGCUGUCAUCCACUGUGAAGAAAGUCAAGCUGCCUUCCCACUGUGACCCCCCUGGGACCAGGUGUACCGUUUCUGGCUGGGGCACCACCACCAGCCCUAUAGUGAGCUUUCCAACGGACCUCAUGUGCACAGAUGUGAAGCUCAUGUCCUUAGAAGACUGCAAGAAGGUUUACAAGGACCUGCUAAAAAGUUCCAUGAUGUGUGCUGGCAUCCCCAACUCCAGUACCAACUCCUGCAACGGUGACUCGGGGGGACCACUGAUGUGCAAAGAUACCUUGCAAGGCUUGGUGUCCUGGGGAACUUACCCUUGUGGCCAACCCAACCAACCGGGUGUCUAUACUCAAGUCUGCAAGUUCCUACACUGGAUACACGAGACCAUGAGACAGAAUUCCUAAUCUCUUCAUACUCCCAUCUCUCCAUCCUUAUGCCCUGAACAGGAAAUUCACGGAAGUAAGGACAUUGAUGAAGACCUGUAAGCAUACUUGAUUUUACCUUUCCUUAAAGAGAUCAAAACCUCAACAGUAUGUGUGUAAACUAAUCAAAUCAGCAAGGACCUAAAACCAAAACGAGAAACACAAAAACCUUGGUGCUGGUAAAGAUGCAAUGAGACCAGCACUCUCAGCCAUUGGCACUGUAAAUUCAUACAGUUUUUAUGGAAGGUGAUUUGACAAUGUGAAUUGAGACUAUUAAUUUUUAGUGUCAUGCAAGGCCAUUUAUGCUGUGUGAUGUUCAAUGAAAAAAAGGGAAGAUACAAACAUAUAUAUGAAUGUGAUUUCCACUAUGUAAAAUGAAAAUAUUCAUACAAUAAAACUUGAAAGGACUUGUAUCAAACUGCAUAGGGGGGU